AUGAGCAACUAUUUCAGUAUCGCCAUCUCAAGUAUGUGUCCGGUUACUGAGGAGCUGAUCGAUCUUCGCCUCAAGGUUCACAUCAUGAACGCUGAAAACUUCUUGAAGACAAAAAAUGAGUAUUUCAACCUCAUUGCCCGAGUUGACGAAAUGGAUGCUGACAAAAUUUUGCAUGAAACAAAAGAGAAGAUCGAGUCGAUCCGUCGCAGAGGAGCCUAUUACUCUAUUCGCGGAGGUAACAACUUCGUGCGCUACACCCACAACCUCGUUAAGCUCAACAACGGACUUCGCCGUAUCAUCGCGGGUCUGAAGAUCAACAUUUGA